AUGGGUACAGAUGGCACCCACCGGGGACAGCUUUGCGCAUGGCUUCGGAAGAAGAAGAGUGGCACCUCGGCGUUUCGGAUGCGCGAGUACAACAAGAGGUACUUCACCUUGGAUUUUGAUACUCACACCUUCUUCUACACGCACUCUGAGGGGAGCAAGAAGGUGUCUUCGGUGACCCCCUUUGCAGACAUCGUGGACGUGCGGCUGCCGGAGGCUGACAAGCUGGCUGACAAAGGAGACAACAUCUCGGAGGUCAGCAAGACCAGCAAGCGCACGGGACCUUAG